AUGCCGAGCUCGCUGGACUUCUCAACACGCAGUGACCUUGCCGACACUCGACUGCUGAGCUAUCUAUGGGCCGCUCGUCCGAGCACUCCUUCGACACUCGCUCAGAAUGGCACGAACGUCCUUGCUUCGACACAGUUCUCGCUCCUGUCCAGUCUGGAGGUCGCCGGCAGCGCUGCAAGCUCAUCUCGUCUUGUCUUCUUCGCACAAGCAUCACCAUUGGUGCUCACCGCAGCGCUCGUUGUCCUGCCAGCUCUGUGUCGACUCGCUCGGCUCAUAUUUGCAUCAAAGAAAGGUAGGGAGGCACACCCAACAGUACCGGCUAUUGUCAGCUACUUCGCUCCCUUCGUUACAGACAAAGAUGCACGCCGACAUCGACUCGAGUUUGGACGCCAGAAGGCACGAGAUCACGUGAAUGGCAACGGCGAUGCCGUCGAUGCUAGUGCUGCCGAAGCGCUCUCUCCUCGCGCAGAAGGAUAUCAAGGGCAGCGUGAGCGUCUCCACCAACUCCUUCUUGUCUCACUCUUCCAAUCGGCUGCAUGCGCUGCGACCGCAGGCUGGACCGCCACUGCGUCUGGAAUCAAGUCGGCCAUUCCUAGCCUAGCUCAGGACAGCGCUUGGAUCUACAUCUUCUUUCGGGUCCUCUUCUGGCGCCCACAGACACCGCCUUUCGACCUUGUGACCUUGCUGUUCUUAUCCAAUCUCACGGCUGCGAUCGACCUCUUCUCUUUGAUCCCACAGCUCAGCGGGCAGCGACCAACGGCCGAUGCUGCCGUAAUCAUCUGCCUCAUCAAUGUGGUCAUCUGCAUCUACGCUGCCUCUCUUUGCCUCCGCAUGCCGGUCACCGCCGGUGGGUAUGAGGCGGUCGUCAGUCUCGAUGAACGUCUGCGGCAACAAGCAGACGUCACUUCCAAGCUUGCAGCACAUGACCAUAGCAUGGCUGCAGUGUAUCAACUCUGUCCGACAUCGCCAGAGGACUACUGCAACCUUUACGAAAACCUGUCCUACUCCUGGAUGGCGCCUAUACAGAAGCUCGCCCUUCGACGCUCGCUCAAGCCUACCGACGUGUGGCGUCUUCGCUCCAUCAAUGAUACCCGCCUGCUCUUUCGCAAGUUCAAGGCACUCGAGCAUGUACAGAUUGCUGCAGGGCGUAGGCCGCGGCUGCUGUCACGCAUCCUUCGCGCCAACGCCAACGACAUCUUGCUCGACGCUUGCUUCAAGCUCAUCAGCGUCAGCUUCGCCUAUCUGGGCACCUACAUCCUCAAAAGCAUCCUCGACCAGAUCCAGAUUGCAGCUUCUCCAGAAGGCAAUAGACAGCCCGAACGAGGAGACGCGCCUUCAGAUAGUGCUUGGACGCCGCGGCAAAAGGCUUUCGUGUACGCAUGCAUCGGUCUCGGCCUUACGGUGAUCCGCUUCCUGGCCGAGCUGCAGAACUAUCACCACGCUCGUCAGGUCGGAUUGCGCAUUCGCUCCACCCUCGUCGUAUCGCUUUUCGAGAAGGCGCUCAAGAGACGAGAUCUCAGUGGCCAGACAAAGGCGCCCUCGGCGGAGAGUUCCUACAGCUCCACAAGCAAUGCGCCGCAGACAUCACGGCGCUCGAGAGCAGGAGCCAAAAACCCGAAAGUGGCAUCGCAGGAGCAAGGCGCAGACGUGGGCAAGAUCGUCAACAUGAUGGCCUCAGAUGUCAACAUCCUCUUGCGCAUGGGCUGUGACUUGCAUCAGCUGUAUGGUGCUCCCCUCGAAGUCACCAUCGCCGCCAUCUUUCUCUACAAGCUGAUGGGAUGGAGCGCUUUGGUCGGUUUUGGCAUUCUUGUCGCAGCCAUUCCCGUCAACUACUACUGGGGCGAGAUCGCUGUCAAGAAGCAGCGCGAGUACAGCUCGGCGCGCGACGAACGGAUGAGCCUCAUGACCGAGCUGAUCGACGCCAUGCGCUUUGUCAAGAUUCAAGGCGUCGAACCUCAAUGGGAGCGGCGGGUGGCAUCGGCUCGUCAUAAGGAGAUCCGCAAGCUUAUCUGGUCGAGAGUGAUGACGUUCCUCUUCGAGCUGCUCUGGACCGUCAUUCCCGUGCUGGUCACUCUCGUCAGCUUCUUCUUCUACGUCAAAGUCGCGAAGGAGGAGCUGACCGUCGCUACGGCUUUCACUGCGAUCGCGCUCUUCACGAUGAUCCGGCCUCCUCUCAAUGCCAUUCCUGGCUUCUUGAUGGGCGGACUAAUCGCCAUGGUCAGCGUGCAGCGACUCGAGUCGUUUCUCAACGAGCAAGAGGUCGAGGAGGCGGUCAGCCAGCUGUCGAGGCAGCGUGGACCGCAAAGUAGCGGUGGCGUUGCUGAGUCCAGUCAGGACCUGCACGAUACGGCCGGUUCCGACAGUCAGGUGCUCAAGAUCGAAGGAUGCAGCUUUCAUUGGCACAGCUCAAAGGAUUCACGCUCCACUUCUGGCAUCGAUGGUACCUCGCCGUCGGACUCAUCAAAGUCGAGCUUCAAUCUGCGCGACAUCAGCAUUACGUUUCCUGUGGGGAAGCUUACUCUGAUUGUUGGGCCCACCGGCUCGGGCAAGAGCAGCUUGCUGGCCGCUGUUCUGGGCGAGAUGCUCCAGUCGGAAGAAGGAUCUAUCAUUCGCAACAAGUUUGACAGUCAAGGCAACAGCAGAUUCAGCUUCGCGAGUCAGCUGCCUUGGCUCGAAGCUGGCAAGUCGGUGCGAGACAACAUUCUCUUCGGCACCGCGUUCGACAAGGGCAGGUACGCGAUGUGCGUCCAUGCUUGUGCUCUGCAAGCCGAUCUGGACUCGAUGGAAGACGGUGACCAGACCAGGAUCGGCUCGCAUACUGUGUCUGGCGGGCAGAAGGCCCGCAUCUCGCUUGCGCGCGCCUUGUACGCGCGCUCGGGCACGGUCCUGCUCGAUGAUGUGCUGUCGGCCGUCGACACGCGCGUGCAGAAUCAUAUUGUCAAGCAUGCCGUCUUGGGCCCGAUCGCAAAGGGUCGCAGAGUCAUCCUCGUCACGCAUCACGUGCAUCUGCUGGUGGACGACGCGGCAUUGGUGGUCAGCAUGCAGAACGGCCGGGUUACGCAUCAAGGCGAGCCGGCUGAAUUGCAAUCGCAAGGCAUCAUACCACCUUCGCACGGUCAGAAGCGCCGCGAUCCAGGCCACUCGCAGGACAAAGCGAGUGCGUCGACAUCCGCGCCGUUGAUUUCGCCAGCACAGGCACCUCCGCAGGGAUCUUCCCUCAGCGCAGAUGCGGCCGACAAUACCUCGACGGCCAAAGGGGCGUCUGAACUCGCGUCGGGUGCCAGGACCCCGCGCCUCCUGCAUGAGGAAGAGAAGCGCCGAGAAGGUGCUGUGAGCUGGAUCUUCUACCGUACCUACUUGCAAGCUUCCUCGCUUCGGAUAUGGGGCCUUCUGGUCCUGUUCCUGCUGCUGCUGCGCAUGUCAGAGUCCUUCGGCCAGUACUGGCUCAAGGUCUGGGGGGAGGCUUACCAAAAGUACGGUCUGCAAGCUUUCGCAACAAAGGCCGCUUCACACUUGCCCUUCGACCCGCCGCCAGCAGACGGGCAUGCAGGCUUCUACCUGACCAUCUACGGACUCAGCGGCUUUGCAGUGAUCCUGUUCAACAGCUCGCGAGCGGUUUGCUUCUACGUGGCUUCCAUUCGAGCAUCGCAAAACCUCUUUGCGACCCUGCUUGCCAACGUGAUCCGCGCACCGCUUCGCUGGUUCGACAUCACACCCGCAGGCCGGAUCAUGAACCGCUUCGGCACUGACAUGGAUUGCAUCGACAACAUCCUACCGCAGUCCAUCAUGAACCUUGGCAAUAACGCCUUCUCCAUGGCGGCCUACUUUCUCAUCUGCGUGGUCAUCGUUCCGGCUUUCCUUCUUCCGUCGUUCCUGCUGGUGCUGCUGGGACCCUGGCUCGUCGGCGGCUUCCUCGCCUGCACGCGCGACAUGCAGAGGAUCGAAGCGACAUCCACCUCACCCAUCUACGGACACUUCCAGCAAGCUCUCUCCGGCAUUGUCACGAUCCGCGCGUUCGGAGCGGAACCACGGCUGCUCGAAUCGUUCCUGGACGCAGUCGACCUGUACCAAUCCCUCUGGUGGGCGGUGUGCACGAUGGAAGUCUGGCUCAGCUUCCGCUCGCAGAUCCUCGGCGGCGUUUCCGUCUUCAUCGUGACCCUGCUCGCGCUCUCUGGAGCCGUCUCGCCCGGCUCAGCGGGUCUCGCACUUUCCUCAGCCCAAUUGCUCUGCCAGCUAGCCUACUACCUGGUCAACGACUUCAAAAACCUCGCCAACAGCUUCAACUCCCUCGAGCGGGUCUCCGAGUACCAGUCCAUGCCGCGCGAAGAGACCGACCUCAUCACGUCGAACUACUCCUCCACCCUCCUUCCUGCCGCCUGGCCGUCCGCUCGCGCGCGCAUCGUGUUCGACAACGUCUCCCUGCGCUACGCCGACGACCUCCCAACGGUUCUCAAGGGGGUCAGCUUCGACGUGCGCCCCAGCGAGAAGGUGGGCAUCAUCGGUCGUACCGGUUCUGGGAAGAGCAGUCUUGCGUCGAGCCUGUUCAGGGCAACCGAGCUGUGCGGGGGCAGGAUCACGAUCGAUGAUGUGGAUAUUGCCACCAUUCCGCUGCAGCAGCUGCGCAGUCGGCUGAGCAUCGUGAUGCAGGAUCCGGUGUUGUUUUCGGGGACGGUGAGGGAUAAUUUGGAUCCCUUCGAGGAGCAUGGGGAUGCGGAGGUGAUGGCGGCGCUGAGUAGGGUAGGAUUGGCGCCGCCGUUGGGCGAAGCGAGAUUGGUCGACGUGGACGAGACUACCCCAGGAGAGCACAGGUCGAGUAUGCGUCUGACGUUGGAUACGCCGGUUUCGUCGGGCGGGGCGAACUUCUCCGCUGGCCAAGCACAGUUGCUCUCCCUCGCACGAUCGCUCCUUCGCUCAACCCGAAUCUUGAUCCUGGACGAAGCGACCUCAAGUACGGACAUGGACACAGACGCAAUGGUCCAGCGUGUCAUUCGAACUGCGUUGAAGGACUCGAUCGUGAUCUGCAUCGCACACCGUCUGAGGAGCGUCAUAGAUUACGAUAGGGUGGUGGUCAUGCAAGAUGGCAAGCUGGUAGAGGUGGGAAGACCCAAAGAGCUGCUGGAGAAGGAGGAUGGAGACGAGGGAGCACAUUUCAAGAACAUGUGCAAGCAUUCGGCGGAGUAUGCGUCGCUGUGCGCUGCUGCUGGUGUCGAAACGUAG